AUGGCAAAGGUCACUGCUCCUUUCAACUUGGCAACGGCCUCGCAAAUCAAUUACAUUCCGCACCACGCCGUGGUUCGCGACUCGAGUGCCACCACCAGACUAAGAGUAGUCUUCAACGCCUCUAGUCGAACUUCAAAUGGUACCUCGUUAAACAGUCAUUUAUUAACGGGCCCUAAACUCCAAACCAAUCUCAUUGGAGUUAUUCUCAGAUGGAGACAGUAUCGUUACAUUAUCAGCGCAUCCUCUGGACCGAAGACGAUACGGCUGCAAUACAGGAUUUUCGGUUAUGCACCGUUACCUAUGGGACGGCCCGGCGCCCUUCUUGGCUCUCGAGUAUUCGACAACUGGUCGCGGACGAGGGGGAAUCCUUCCCUCUCGCGACAUGCGAUAUUAACGGAUCAUAUCUACGUGGAUGACGUGCUCUUUGGAGCUGAAGACAUCCCUCUCCUACGGCAAACUCGCGAUCAGGUCUGCGCGCUAUUGCAACGCGGAGGAUUCCAGCUGAGAAAAUGGGCGAGCAACCACUCCAAUCUCCUAGCAGAUAUUCCUUCCGACGACCAUGGUCUCGCAUGUGCAAAAAUCCUUCAAUCCGAAGAAAGCCUAAACGUACUCGGGAUAGCAUCUUUGGAAGUUGAAAGUGGAUUGGGACGACGUGAUUCCCAGUCAAAGUUUGGCUCGCUGGGAGGCAAUCUGGAGAGGGAUAUCCUCGUUAAAUGGGAUGCAGUGACUCGAUGGACGAACCGCGACUCCGAUGCCGCUCAGUGCGAACUUCACGGAUUUGCGGACGCGUCGACGGUUGCUUAUGCGGCGGUUGUCUACCUGAGAGUGACAACACCAGCGGGAGAAACAACUACUACUAUGUUAGCGGGGAAAUCUAAGGUCGCUCCCAUAAAGUCUAUGACAAUACCCAGGCUCGAACUCUCUGCUAUCGUAUUACUAUCUCGGCUCAUUGAUGAGGUACGUGCGGCGCUCAAUUUAACGAAUGUUUCCUGCUAUGGUUGGACGGACUCGACUGUCGCUCUCGCGUGGUUAAACCAGCACCCGUCUAAAUGGAAGACGUUCGUCGCUCAUCGUGUCGAAACGGUCCAGUCAUUAGUACCAUAUGUCAAAUGGAAUCAUGUAACUACUGAAGACAAUCCGGCCGAUUGCGCUUCGCGAGGUUUCAUUAACGCCGAUCUAGCCUCACAUACAAUCUGGUGGAAUGGGCCUUAUUGGCUGCGUCAAGAUCCGAGCGAAUGGCCGGGUGAUCUUGGUUCGUCCUCAACCGAGACUCAAUUAGAAGCAAAGUCGAUCACCUCUCAUGUGGUCAAGAUUGAAGAUCGUUGGGAUCUAGCCUCAAGAUACUCUUCAUGGACAAACUUACGCGAAGAAGUCUUUCCUAACGAAUUAAACGCACUCCGUACGCAGAAACCUCUUUCGUCCAGAAGCUCAAUUCUGGCUCUCAACCCGUACCUCGACGAGCACGGACUAAUUAGAGUCGGGGGGCGGUUAGACCAUACCACUCUUCCCUUUCGAACGAAACAUCCGAUACUAAUGGAUGCUCACCCACUGGUACGAUUGAUAGUACGUGCUACUCAUCUGAGGGCCCUUCACGCCGGACUCCAACUUACGCUCGCGACCAUAAGGCGAGAUUUCUGGAUAAUUCGUGCCCGAAACAUAAUCAAAGCCGAAAUACAUCGGUGCGUCAAAUGUGCUCGCGAAAAGGCCGAAGUUCAAACGCAAUUGAUGGGCCAGUUACCUCAGGCUCGCGUGACGGCCCCUACGAGGGCAUUUAUUCAUUGUGGAGUGGACUAUGCCGGACCGGAGGAUACUCAACCUCGGCCUUCCUUGACGCCUACACUAGGUUCUGCUCUCGAAGAGGAUUGCCAGAGACUAUGUAUUCGGAUAAUGGGACCACCUUUACGGGAGCUGAUGGAGAGUUAG